CACAAACAAUAAAUCUGGACAGAGAAAACCAAACCCUGCAUUACCGCCACCCCACAAAAAAAAUGGGUGCAUGUACAGCAACCAUUUCCCAUCUUCUUCUCCACACUUCCCAAAACCACAGCAAAAACCCUAAUUCCUCUAAAACCCCAAAACUUGACCUUCGAAAGACCCUUUCAAAACCCAUUAUCAUCUCUUCUAGUGUCCCGCCAACAAUAUCAAGGAGGAAUUUGUUGAUAUUCUCUCUCCCUUUUUCUCUUACAUUUCAAUUCCGUUCUUGGUGUUCGGCUCUUACCAUCUUCGACCCAGUGAGCCCAGCCGAGAGAGACGCCAGCGCCGCGGUCUCGCGGAAAGUCGCUGAAGCUGUGGAGUUGCUGCAGAGAGCGAGGGAACUGCAGGCUCAGGGUGACUUUAAUCAGGCUCUCGAGUACUUCACUCAGGU